UUCAGCAAAACAAAAAAAGAAACAAAACAAGAUUUAAAUAUUUAUUUUCGUAUUUGAUACUGUUAAACGAUUAACUAAAUAUAAUUUGCUAUCUGUAAAAAAAUGCACAUUAUCGUACAUGUAAGCCCUUAGCCAUUUCCAUUUCCUGCAACAUUUUAGUCUUAUAAAUUCGUCAAAGUUAUAGAAAUUCUAUAAUAGAAUCAAACACAAUGUUGACAAAUGGAAACUUGACAUGUCGAAGAAAACUAUCAAUUAAAUCACAAUGUGCGUUUUAUCGGUGCAAAAUUUGCUCCACAUUUUACUUAAGUGAGGGCAAAAUAGUCGCCCAUUUUUUCGAUAAGCAUGCCACCGGCUGGGACUCAUUUGAAGAGGUCGUCCUUCCCUCUGCGACAAUUUGUUUGGACAGGACAACAGUAAUAAAUGCGGGUGGAGAAGUCCAAACUAUUCCCCCAUCCUGUCAAGAAUUUGAUGAGAAUGAUAUAAAUUUCGUCCCAAUUAAACAAGAAGAACCGGAAGUAAACGAUAUUGAUGCAGACGAAGUUAAUUCAAUUUCCUGGCCAGGUCUUCACAAAAUUUUACCCAUACAGAGAAAAGCUAGAAACAUUAGAAAAUACAAUUCUUCACCAAACGUAUCUGAUACCGAGGAAUUUUGCGUCGGAAAUGAAUCACCCUCCUCCAACGAAGAUGAUGAUAAUGACGAAUUUUUUGAGGAGGUUGGAAUCCAUCCGAAAAAACGGAAGCGAUCUGAUACCCCGGCGGACAAUGAUGGCCCUCCAGCUAUCGCCUGGGUCCGUUGUGAACAUUGUCCUGCAAAAUUUAAAACCAACUUUCGCAGGGAAACUCAUAUCGCGAGAGUUCAUGAAGGAAAGGACAACCCUUUUCAGUGUGACCUGUGUCCAAGAUCGUUUAAGGGGUGGAGUGCCGCCUUGUUGCAUAUCGACGUGUACCAUCAACCCAACGUUUCUUCCUCUCUUGAAACCACCCUUUCCCCACCUUUAAAGGAAAAUCCAGGUCACGAGGACGAUUCAAUACAGGGUAAAACUGGAACAAGCCAAGCCUUAUUCGACACAAUUUUCAAAUCCGACCUUGCACCUGAAUUACCACUUCCGGAUGAAACCGAUGACUCCAAUCCCACACCACCACGUCCCAAAAGAAUCUACCCACGCGUGCCAAAUCCAUCUAGACCUUUCGAAUGUGACCAGUGUCCUCGUCGAUUCGCGGAGGAAUGGAUCUUGAAUGGGCACAUUCUUCGUUUUCAUCAUGGUGACAAAUCCCCCUUCAAAUGCGACCACUGCCCUGCCCGAUUUCACGCCAAGUCCCUGAUCCUCUCUCAUCGAAGUCUUACCCAUCCUUCCAUCCAAACCCCAUACACCGGCUCGAAACAAUCCCUCUCCUCCAGAAUUGCCCAAUUACUAAAAAAGCCCCCCAAAAAGAAGAAGCAACUUCCCCCCACCCGCCUACCAACGCCUCUCAUCUUCACCUGCACAAAAUGCCCCUCUCCCCCUUGCCCCCGUCUCUCCUCCCGAAUCGCGUGCCACAUCCACCUCGCCCGUUGUCAUGCCAACCCCUCCAGCAAAUUCCCCUGCACGCAAUGCGACCUCGUCUUCCUCACCGAUCGUGGCCGCGCCAUCCACACGGAUCACUUUCACGUUAAGAAAAUCUCCUCACGCGAAAACCCCCUACAUUGCGCGACCUGCGACAAAAAGUGCGCGUCCCUUAUUGCCUUCAACAACCAUACCGCCUUCCAUUCAAAAUCAAAUCAAAGUCAGAUUCACCCCCCACCCCCGAAGGAAACCCAUCUCUGCGAACUAUGUCCCCUAACUUUCACCAGCCUCCGAUACCUCGAAGACCACCGGGUCCGCGUGCAUUACGAAGUCCUUGGACUGAACCCUUUCAAAUGUGACACCUGCGGAAGGACGUUGACCACUCUGACCAAGUUGAAAAGUCAUAUUGUCGUCAAGCACACGAAACAGUAUACGUUUCCGUGUCCUCAGGACGGAUGCGGGAUCGGGUUCGAGGACGAGACCCAACUAAAAACGCAUGUCAAGAUUGUACACCUCAAGGAGAAACCUUUCCAGUGUGACCAGUGUCCCAAAGCGUUUGGACUCAAGUACAAUUUAAUGGUCCAUAUGAGGAUUCAUACGGGAGAGAAGCCGUACGUUUGUGGGACGUGUGGAAAAGCAUAUUCGGACCAGCCGACGUACCGGAGGCAUUUGGAGACGCAUGGGGAUAAGGUGCAUACGUGUGACACGUGUGGAAAGGAGUUUAAGGUGCGACACGCGUACAGGGUGCAUUGCAAAUUGCAUGAGAAAAGGGGGGAGCUGGUUGCCAGGAAGUAGAGAAUUUCGACUUAAAGAUUUAAAGAUAUGGAAUAAAUUUUACUUAUUUCAAGCCAUAUUUACAA